AUGGAUUCAAAAAGGACAAAUACUGUGGAGAAACUAGAUAAUUUAUCAAAUAAAGUCAACAGAAGAGAUCUUUUGAAUAUAAACAAUGAUUAUAAUGUAAGUUCAAGUGAUAAUGAAGAACCAGAUACUCCGAAAUCUACUUUAUCAUCAAAUAUUGACCCUUCAGAUUUACAAGAUAUAAAACCUAAUGGAUAUCCUAUAUCGCCAAGAAAAACAAAUAGUUCAUCAUAUUUUAAAGAUCUAUCCAAAGUCGAUUCGAGUAAUGAAUCUAUACCUACUACUCCAUUAGAGGAAAUAGGGAAUGGAUCAAUAGAUCAAGAUAAUAUUUCAAAUUUACAAAAAUUAAAACCUUCCCAUAGUAAUAAUAACCAUAAUGAAUUAAAAUCUAGAAAACAAAAACCAUCAAAAUUAAGAUCAAGUACUAUAAGUUCAGAUAUUUCAGAUUCAGAUAUAACAUUAGAUGGAUUAGUUAAAUAUGUAUCCCUGCAAGAUGAUUUACGUACUAAGAAGCAACAUCGUCAAAAACCAAAACAUCACAAAGAACAACCACAUCAACAUCAUGAUCAGAAAGAAGAAAAUUUAAAAUUACAAAACGAUCAAGUUAAAAAGAAAUAUAAGAGUGAUAAAUAUAGAUUAAGGUUUAGUGAUUUAUCAUUCAAACCUCAAAGUACAACAAUUUUUGAUUCAAAUGAUUUUUUAACUUCAGAAUUUUUUGGAAUUUAUGUAUUAUUUUGGUUAGCUACUGCUUUUGUAAUGUUUAAUAAUAUGGUUCAUAUGUAUUUUGAAGGUGCUAAACCUAUAUGGGAUUGGGAUAUCAUUCAAAUACUAAAGAAAGAUAUAGUGAAAGUUGGAUUAACUGAUGGAGCUAUGUAUUUAAGUUCUUAUUUUCCAUUUAUUUUACAAGUUUUAUGUGCUAGACGAUUAUUGAGUUGGAGAAAAUAUGGAUGGAUAUUUUUUACAAUAUAUGAAGCUAGCUUUUUUGUUAUAUUCAUGUGGUUCUCUCAUUGGAUGAAUUUUCCAUGGAUUGCAAGAGUAUUUUUAGCAUUACAUAGUCUUGUAUUUGUUAUGAAGAUGCAUUCAUAUUCAUUUUAUAAUGGAUACUUAUGGAAUAUAUUAAAUGAGGGCUUGUUUUCAGAAAGUUAUUUAUCCAAAUUACAAAAUGGAGAAGUAGAAUUACCAAAAGGUUAUGAAAUGGAUAAAACUGUUGAAAUAUUAGAGACUAGUAUUGAAUUUGUAAAAUUAGAAUUAGAAUAUCAAUCAAGAGCAACAUCAGAUAAACCAGAUCAAGAUAAUCAUAAAUUUGAUGAAGCAAGAUUAGAUUUAAAUUUCAAACAAUUACAAGAAUCUGAUAUUAUAAAAUUUCCUGCAAAUAUAAAUUUUAAAAAUUAUUUUGAAUAUAGUAUGUUUCCUACUUUAGUUUAUACUAUUAAUUUCCCAAGAACUAAAAAAAUAAGAUGGUCAUAUGUAUUUUUAAAAUUAAGUGCUGUUUUUGGAUUGAUUUUUUUAAUGAUUUUGAUAGCUCAAAAUAAUAUGUUUCCACUAUAUGAAAGAACUCAAAUAAUAAGGAAAUUACCAAUUAAAAAAAGAAUUCCUCAAUAUAUAUUUUUAUUAUUAGAUAUGAUACCACCAUUUUUAAUGGAAUAUUUAUUUACAUUUUUUUUAAUUUGGGAUUCAAUAUUAAAUGUAUUAGCAGAAUUAACAUUAUUUGCAGAUAGAGAAUUUUAUGGUCCAUGGUGGUCAUGUACAGAUUUUAGUGAUUUUGCAAGAUUAUGGAAUAAACCAGUUCAUAAUUUUUUAUUAAGACAUGUUUAUCAUUCAAGUAUUAGUGCUUUUAAAGUAAAUAAAAUUCAAGCUGCAAUGUUAACUUUUAUAAUUUCAAGUAUUGUUCAUGAAUUAGUAAUGUAUGUUAUAUUUGGUUCAUUAAGAGGUUAUUUAUUAUUAUUUCAAAUGUCCCAAAUUCCAUUAAUAAUGAUGAGUAGAACUAAAUUUAUGAAAGAUAAAAAAGUAUUGGGGAAUUUAAUUUGUUGGUUUGGAUUUAUUAGUGGUCCAAGUAUUAUAUGUACUUUAUAUUUAGUAUUUUAA